UUCCUGGAGGAUCAACUUGGCGGUGACAAGCACGUCUCACGGCUCGCUCACUCAACUCAAUCAAACGUCUAGGCUCAUCUCGAUAUCGUAGCUUGACCUCCCGUCGGCGUAGCUAUCGAUGUCGGACGUCCCGCUAGCCCACUCGGUCGGGCCUCUCAUCUGGGAGAACGAUCUCAUACGAUCAGAAAUUCUGGGAUACCUGAGCGACCCGAUCGACUUUCUCAACUCUGGGCUGGUAGGCAAAAUGGGUUUCAAGGACGCCAUGCGGUUGCUUUGGAAGGACGCCACAUUGGGACAGGUGAAUUGGCUCUACAUUGAGGAUUGUGAUUGCGAUCGACUUUCGAUGUACCUCCGAGCGAUCCAACGCCUCACUGUGCUCGACGAUAGCCUGGACCGUAGGGAGCUCUACGAUGAGACCGAUGACACGAUCAAGAUAUUAUAUCCGUCCGUGAAGAAACCGAUUUAUUCGGGUCAUAGCCUUGUCCGCCAAGAAGGCGACAUCGUUCUGUUCCAAGCUUGGCACGCCACGUUCUUCUCAUUCCGAGGAAUCGAACUGAUGCCCCACCUGGAAACACUUGAGGUCGAAUCUUGUCCGAGCAAGACUCACGCGCCAUACUUCGAAAACGACGUUUCGAUGAAAGUCGUCGAAGAAUAUCAGUUAGGCGGACGGAAAAUCAAUGUGAUCACCCACUAUACGGCUUCUGGCAUGGUAGACUGGGACCGACCAAUGAUCGAUAUCGCAAACACGUCUUCCUACGUCAAAUCAAUUCAGGUUGGAAGACCUGAACCGGGUCAAUGGGAAUCACAAACAAUCUUCAUCGAUGGGUCAUUAAACUCCCAUUUGCAGCAUCUCGAAGUUUUCAAAAUGGACGAUGCUAUAGCAUGUGGUGAACUGCAUGACCUGCUUCGAGCUUGCAGGAGCUUGAAGAGCCUCGAUGUCAUCCUAUACCCCAGCCAUGACGAUGGAUACGCUGAGGAACCGGAGAGUCUCCUGGCCUUUCUAGCGAUAUCACCCUUGAUGAUCGAGGACGUGUCGAUCCGCUGCUGCCCAAUCGAGUGGUUGCCUUACUUUCGUCAUUGCAAGAACCUCCGCUUGCGCUCUCACGCGGCGUUUCGAAUCGAUCGACCCGGUCUUCCUCGGAUCGAAUGGUCUACUAGUACAAAGGAAGCGCCUACUACCAAAAGACUAGCACUGCAGGUGUCACGUAUCCGUGACGAAGAUGUAACAGCCUUUCGCGAUUUCAUCCGCUGCCACGCGGCUGCGGAGACUCGGAUCGAGGUAUGCCAUUUCAUCGAAGGUGCGCCUGUACUUCGAGUAGGAAGCUGGGACGAUGCGCUCGGACGCUUGACCUCGAAUGCGAAUGCGGAUGCGGAUUCGACAGUAUCGGAUGAGGCAGAGACUUAGUAUCUCAGGCUGUCAUAUGCAUCCAUCUAGAUCGGCUUUUGUAAGUCCACUUUCUGAUCUCGCCGCCUGUUGUCGAGUAAGCUAGCUUACCACCGUCGCUAUGUCUC